GUCAAGUGAGAACACAACAGAAAGACAGAUUCAGAAAUGAAGACAACGUAUUUCUUCCUCGCCCUUGGUCUGCUGUGUGCAGUGGCGUAUUCAUUACCAAUCGAACAAGAUGAAGAUGAAUUAAUGGACGGUAACCAAAUUUGUUUACGCUUAGCAUAUAGGCGGCGGACGAUCAGGUUUGGCUGACGGAGCUAGAAACAAAUCUUGAGAAGUCGUGGGUAUUCUCUCCGGAAGAUAAUGAAAUUUAGAAUUUAUGAAAUGAACGAUUUAACGUGCAGAAACCAUAUGCCAAUUUGUUCACUUUGCCUUUCAGUCAGGGAAGAGUCUGACACUGUCAUAUUAAGUUCUCCAAUUGAUUUUUUGGUGGGGGUUUUUACUAUUGGAGGGCAAAACCCACCUAGCUCCUACUGGUUCUGAAACUGAUCAUGCGUAGUUUAAAUGAUGAAUUUUCUUUUAAAUGAUUAAAUUAUUUUAAUUUAGCCAUUAUUUAUUGCAUGUAUAUGUUGCAAACGUUAACAAGUCAAUUAAAAACUUUUUCAAUCGGUUGAGUUAAAUUGUCAAAAAAGACUUAUACUAUACUAUACUAUAUGUGUGGUAGGAUAAAAAGAGUAUUGUUAUAAUAAUAUAUAUUUAAUAAAAUUUAGUAUACAAUUAAUCGGAUUAAAUGUAAGAAAAUUCACCCAUUUGGUAAGUCAUACGUUUGUAAAGGCCUGAUUCCAAGGGCGCUUUUUCUCGGCGAAAUGCCAAAUAUUUCGUCUGUUUCUUUUGAAUUGUGUGCAAUCAAGUAGAAAUAAUUUAUUCGAGUGGUCGCAAUUCAAAAGAAACAGAAAAAGCGAGAAAGCGCCCGUGGAAUCAGGCCUUUACGUAUUUAAACUUUUUUGUUCUUUUAGAAACUGACGAAAAUGCUGAAGAUGAAACGUAAGUUCUGUAGAUCAUUUGUUACUCCUCCGGGGGGUUAAUUGGAAAGAGUGGCUUAACAAAGAAAGGGCUUUCGCGCGUAUAGUAAAUAAUAACUUUUUUCAAAUAAGAAAAAAACUCAUUUCUUGGGCUUAAGUUUGAACACAACAACAAAAUCUAUUUUCGCGAGGACUAUCGGAGGUCGAUGUGACAAAUAUUUUCAAUUUAUGAUUGAUUGUAGUUUGUGCUCGUUUUCUCAUUAGACAAAGCCUACGGACAAUUAUUGGUAUUUUCAGCGGCAGCAUUAUUUGAUGGAACCCGAGAUAUUCCUGCCGUGUUUGAGUGAACAAAUAAGCGGGGAAAUUUUUCGUUGAACUGCUUUUUUAUUGAAAAUUUGAUAAAUUUUGGUUGCUUUUCAAAUUUUGUUUUUGUUUCAUUCGCUUGUGUCACAGAAAGAAUAAUAAAACAAUGAUCGGAUUUGCCUUACAGAUGAUAUCUAUUCAUGCUUCAGACCUUGGCCAAUGUUAUCUGCACCAGCCUAAUUCGGUUUCGUUAGAUAGCACUGACCUCAAAAACUGCAGUUUAGCAGUCGAAAGUUUGUGAAAAAUAAAUAUACGACCAGAGACAAGUUCUCAUUCCCAAACAGAGAUACUAAUGUUUUUGCUGAUAUGAUUUUUGAUGUUGAUACGAUUAUUUAUCACACACUGAUGCCUUUAUCAAGGUGAUAACAGGGUGAUGUAAAAACGAUAUGUCACUGAUAUAGCUUUUUGUCACUGAUAUCGCUUUUUGUACCGCUAGCUAUUUUAAUAAUUGUUGCAUUGGGACAAUGAUUAUAAUAUUCCAACAAAUGCUGGCCCUGAUAAAGGCACAGGUACGUGAUAAACCGGUUAUCAUAAUCGGGAUGAGGCGACAUCAGUUUUAGCGCUUUCAGGACGAUAUCAUAAACGUGGCUCCUUCGCUAUGCUCAUUCGUGACAUUUAUGAUAUCGUCCCUCAAGCAAUAAGCCUGGUAUCGCCUCGCCCCAAUAUCACAUCAAUAAACGAAAACUACCAACUAAGAAGAGUUGAUUUUAGUCACGUUUUCUAAAAAACGAAUCCAUUUCUUAAUUAUUGAGUGUAUUUCAAAGAAAGGCGAAAAGCUUUCUUUGUGGUGUUUCGGGUACUGCAUACUAAUUACAACAAUCGAAAAUAUAAUUCUAAAGUUAUCAUUUCCCUGUUGCAUUCGCAUAUGCUUUGAAUGAGUGAAUAUUUCUUAGAUCCACUGGUAACAUACUUUGUCUUUGCAGCGCAAAUACCGAAGAAGAUCCUGGUUACCGAAGACGUCGCAAAGGAUGGGGCCGCAAAUAUCGCAAGCAUCAUUAUGGGUAUGGAUAUGAAUGCAAAUUCGUUAUAGAUUUUUAUCUAGCUGCUUAUGAAUUCUGAUCCAUUGCUAGAAACUUGAGACAAGAUGGCUACCCUCUCCAGUCAACCAUUUUGACGUACCCUCAGUCAAGGUCCCUUAAUUUUCUCUAAAAUAUAAGCAAAACAUUGGAGGAAAAAUGGAAUUUUGAGGGGAGGUUCGAACCUACUAUAUAUAGUACCUGACCCUUGCUUUGUAAAUCUUUUGCCAUGUCUUUUAUCUUAAAUUGAUUCAAUGUUUUAUUAAAAAGGCUAAUAAACACUGUGUUGUAAAUACUUUGUAUUUUAAAAAUUAGCAUACAGUGUCUCAAACCCGGUACAUUUGAGUUGCUGAAGGCUAGGCUAAACAAGUUAAUUACCGAGGUGAAGUAUUUACAUGAACAUACCAUGCACGAGAUUAGCGGAAGAUUCAGCCUAUCUAAAGUAUAAUAUAACACUGCAUUAGUGUAUACAAAAAAACCUGUUUCAGAAAACACACGAAAUGUAGUCCGAUAUGGUUGGACCCCUCUACCAUAUCACGCUGCACCAAACUUUUUGUCAAGUAUAGCAUAGUCCUUGCGUGUAUCCCCCCCCACCCGUCGAAGUUGAAAAAAUAUGAAAUCCUGGAGUUGAAAAAAUAUGAACAUUUUCUGGGGGAGACCAGCCAGAACCCCUGCUAUACAUGACAUAUGUCUGAGCAUGCGCAAGCAAAAUGAGCCACGCAAUUCCGUGGAUUACACGCAACGCGUGUUUACAAAAAGGCACAAUUGUGUAAAUAUUGCCAAACGUUUGGCACAAAAUAAAUGACUGUUUUAAGUUGAAAAUGGACAAGAUCUAAAUUAAUCAUACAUAAUUUUUUAGUAACGUUCUAUUUCAGUACCCCGCAUGCCAUUGUCCCUGGUGUGCUGUCCGUGUGCAUUCGAUCUGAAACAGUUGCUACUUUGCUGUCGAAACAUUUCGAAUGUUUACAUGAAAACAGAGACAAGUCAUGCAUUUUAUAACCUCGUAAACUGUAUGAGCCCCUAUUUUUACGCUUAUUUUACGCGAAUAUUUUCAGAGAGUUUUAUCGUGAGGCCACGGCCAGUUUUUAGUUUUUAAAAUAUCUUCAUUUCUUUUCCGGUCAUCACCAAAAUUACACUGAAGCCGCGUUUGAAUAUACAACAAAUUUGAAUCUCAUCAAGUACAAAAAUAUUUAAUUAACGUGUAACCAAAAUAUGCCCAUGAAAUGGAAAUUGUGACCAACAUUUUCAAACUAGACCCUUCUCGAGGCGGUUUUCAUGAAGGAAGUUCAUCUUUCGGCCUUUGAUUCUUGGCAACAAUUUGACCACAACACGAGCGAAGCAACUGGGUCUCAAAGACUUAGCUAAAACAUUGCCAGCCCCUAUUUUCCUGACGAUAUGUUUGAUACCUACAAACGCCGUAAAAGUUUUUCUUUUCAUUUAGCUAUAUUUGAAAUUGAGGCCACGGGCUAUUUUUAAGAAAAUUCAAGUUAUUUUUACAUAUUUUCAAAAUUUGUCAAAUUUCGCGAGCUUGUAUUUUGAACUAGUUAGACUGCUAAAGUUACAUUAAGAAGCAUAGGAUGGAGAAUUUGAGGCAUAUAAAAAAUUUCAACUUACAUUUCAUUCUCAUAUCACGUUUUUCUUCGUUUAUUACGGUUUUAAACAAGCCAUAGCUCUACGUAUACGGUAUUUUGCUCCCAUGUUCACGUCGCCAUAUUCACGUCUUCCAAUCACUCCAUUACAAAAAAAUCAUACCAAAAAAUAUUGAAAAACAAUACAAAGAAUUCAUGAUCGAUUUUUAAAAGAAUAACCGUUAAUUUGUAGAUCGUUGAAUGGAAAGCAAAAAAUCGUCAGCUAAAACAGCUUGUUUUGUUUUAUUUUGAAUGUAAUGCAAUGGAACUUUGUUUCUGCCCGCGAUUUUUUGGUCAGCGACGACAAAUUUCCCACCUGUUACGCCGCACCAAUAUUUUUGUUACCAACGACAAUCUCUCACCUCUCCUGGGCUCUCCGCACUUAGCAUAGUAUAGUCCCUAAGCCUUUAUGUAGAUGCCCCCUCCCCCCCAAAUGACGAUUCUUAUAAAAGGCUCUGUUGGUAACAUAUUCUGUUUUUGCAGCGACGAAACCGAACAGGAUCCUGGUGGUUAUGGUUACGGAGGUUAUGGCGGUUAUGGUGGUUACGGAGGUUACGGCAAAGGUUAUGGCAAAGGGUGGUGGGGAUACAAACAUAAAUAUGGGUAUGAAUGCAAAUAUACAUUCCUAUUUAGCUACUUAUGAAUUUCUGACCCACUGUCAAACACUUGGGGUGCCCCCCUCCCCUCCCCCAUUCAACCAUUUUGGCACCCCAGUCAAGGUCACUUUUCUCUGAAAUAGAAGCAAAAAAUUGGACGAAAAAUGGUAUUUAGAAGAGAGGUUUGAUAUUCUGGUAACUGAACCUUGUAUACAUUCUGGUAACUGAACCGAAUCUUAUGUCAUGUCUUUUAUCUUCAAAUGAUUCAAUGCUUUUUUAAACAAAUGCUAUAAACAUUGUGUUGUAAACGCCUUAGACCUUAACUAGAAAUACAUGCAUGCAGUAAACCCCUCGCCAAUAUUUUCCAAACAUUAAAUAAACAUGAGGUAUUCAGAAAUGGCCAACACUGAACGCAGGCUCGCGCUCGAGUGUUGCCAUGACAACAAGAUAUUCUUAAAUUUUUAAUUUUUUCAUAUUUUUUGUACAAAACUACAAAAUAGUUGAAAGAUUCGUACUUUUAACUAUACAACAAUAAAUUUCCGAAAUAUAUCAGUGUAGGUAUAUUAUUUUGCAUUUUGUGAGCUUUGAUUUAAUAUAAAAUUUAACUUGGAACGCUUCGUAAAAUGUUUUGAAAUGUUCAUUCAGCUAAAUUACAUUUGCCGAUAAACUGUUUUUACUUAAAGGGGAAGUCAAGUCCGUUCUGCGCAUCGGUUCUGCUCAUAACAAUAUCGUAGAAGAAGAAAGAAGAUUAAAGAAUUUCUUGUACAGCAAAAACGAACUGGAAGUUUCUGAAGAAAAAAUGCCAAGCGUGCUAUUGUUACAUAUUUUCAAAAUUUGUCAAAUUUCGCGAGCUUGUAUUUUGAACUAGUUAGACUGCUAACGUUACAUUAAGAAACAUAGGAUGGAGAAUUUGAGGCAUAUAAAUAGUUUCAACUUACAUUUCAUUCUCAUAUCACGUUUUUCUUCGUUUAUUACGGUUUUAAACAAGCCAUAGCUGGACCUAUACGGUAUUUUGCUCCCAUGUUCACGUCGCCAUAUUCAAGUCUUCCAAUCACUCCAUUACAAAAACAUCAUACCAAAAAAUAUUGAAAAAGAAUACAAAGAAUUCAUGAUCGAUUUUUAAAAGAAUAACCGUUAAUUUGUAAAUCGUUGAAUGGAAAGCAAAAAAUCGUCAGCUAAAACAGCUUGUUUUGUUUUGUUUUGUUUUGAAUGUAAUGCAAUGGAACUUUGUUUCUGCCCGCGAUUUUUUGGUCAGCGACGACAAAUUUCCCACCGGUUACGCCGCACCAAUAUUUUUGUUACCAACGACCAUCUCUCACCUCUCCACACUAAGCAUAGUAUGGUCCCUAGGCCUUUAUGUAGACCCCCCCCUCCCCAAAUGACGAUUCUUAUAAAUAGCCCUGUUGGUAACAUAUUCUGUUUUUGCAGCGACGAAACCGAACAGGAUCCUGGUAGUUACGGAGGUUACGGAGGUUACGGAGGUUAUGGAGGUUAUGGCGGUUACGGAGGUUAUGGCAAAGGUUAUGGCAAAGGGUGGUGGGGAUACAAACAUAAAUAUGGGUAUGACUGCAAAUAUACAUUCCUAUUUAGCUACUUUUGAAUUUCUGACCCACUGUCAAAUCAAAACCCCUUUAGGGGUCAGUUAGGUUUUAGGUUUUAGGGGUUAGGUUCUGGGGGUUAGAGGUUAGGGUCGGGUUGGGGUUACGAUGCUCAGGUAUAUACGUAGCAUGGGUACUACCCGCAUUCGAAAAUUUAAAAUACCGGCUACGUACCCAUUUAGAAACAGCGAAACGGCUGAAAGAUUCGUACUUUUAACUAUGCAACAAUAAAUUUCCGAAAUAUAUCAGUGUAGGUAUAUUAUUUUGCAUUUUGUGAGCUUUGACUUAAUGUAAAAUUUAACUUGAUAUGCUUCGUAAAAUGUUUUGAAAUGUUCAUUCAACUAAACUACAUUUGCCGAUAAACUGUUUUUACUUAACAAAACAUAAUAAGUUUAAUACAAAUAAAACAAAUUGUUAGGUAAUUUCAGUUCAGUCUUCAAAUGAAUUUGUUCUCCUUUACAUUUUAAGAUUUUUUUCUCAAAUUAAACGGUAAUUUAUGAAACUUAGAGUUUCGUUGAAAAGGAAAACAGUUUUCGUUGAAAAGGAAAACAUGUUUUUAAGCAAAAAUUUAAAGCAACAAAAUUCGUAAACAUUACAUAUUCAAAGCAAACUUGCCGUAUAUUUCACGAUUUCCCAGAGUAAAUCAAUUCUUCUCAUUUCUUCGAACAAAAUUGCUUCAAGCUUGUUGUAUAUGAAACGAUUUUCCAAAUAUACGUCUUUUAAAACUGGAAUCUUGCUUAUCCCACACCUACAAGCAAUCAGCCAUAUUUUUGAGAUCAGUGACUCCAGUGAGGAUGACCACCCACUCAAGAUCGUUGGUCACGCCCGCGAUCAUUGAUGAACUUUAGACUUCGCUAAUGCUUUCGGUUUCCCAGGUGUAAAUAGCCCGGGGAAAUUAGUACCCUCGCCCAGGGCUUACGCCCGGAACGGCGCUCCGCGCCGUUGAGUCGGGGACAAAACAACACCGUCGGUAUAUUUCACUAUUUUGGAUUGUUCAAUUACAUCGGUGAUGUCAUUAAAUGAGCUGGCACCUGACCGCGCAGCUCAGUUGGCAGAGCAUUGGGCUAGUAUUCCAAAGGUCGUAAGUUCGAUUCCGACCGUGGUCAGGCAUAUUUUUCAAGCUUGUCCGGUGUGGAUAUACACUCAGAGUAACAUCACAAACAUCAUAUAUUCACCUGAGUACGUAACACCAACGCAGAAAAUUCGUAUUUAUUGAUUGUUUUUAUAUGGUCCAGACCUCCUGUAUCCCUAUCUACUUCUCUGCUACACAUUACAUCCUACCACGAAAGUUGCCAUUUUCAGGCCAGUGUUAACGCCUGAGCAGGCGUCUUGUUUGUAUUAAGAAAAAAACAAUCCUUAGUCCUUUGACAGCUAGCCAUCGUCACGUCAUAUCAAUGGCGUCAGCGAGUCAAUAUGAUUCUCGUCGUCAUAGUAAUAUGGCGCAAACGCGUCCAUGGUUUUUUCAUAUUGACUCUUUGACGUCAUUUUGCUAAUAUGAAUGUGAAAAAUCCGUAUUUGGUUAGACAUUGAAUUGAUAUGACAAUUUCACAGUUGGCUGUUAACCAAUCAGAAACCAGGAAUUUUUUAAAAAAAUAAUAAAUAUAUUUAUUAUAUAGUAGAAAGUGAGAUACUGAAAAAUACACAGUGAGAUAUUCUCCAUAUCUUCACUAGUGAAGUAUCGAUCACGUGACUUUUUCCAAUAUGCUUUUGAGCGUGAAAUUUCACAUUUUUUGCUUGGGACUAUAUAAUAAACAGAACAUUACACGGUGCCUUGAGGAUAUGACUUAUCUUCCCGUGUUAAAAACAAUAUUUUGCUCGCUCGCUACGCUCGUUCGUAAAACAUUCUUUUCACCACUCGACGAUAAAAGUCAUAUCUUUGCGCCGCCGUGUAACAUCCUCUAUGUACGCACGUAAUACAGUCCUAUGGUUUUAAAAAUACGAAACUUUUCUGGCAAGGACCCCCAUACCGCCUAUCAUACCACGCCGCAUCAAACUUUUUGUCACCAACAACCAUCUCUCAUCUCAGCUGAUAACUUAUUCUAUCUUUGCAGCGACGAAAUCGAACAAGAUCCAGGUCAUGGUUAUGGUGGAUAUGGUGGUUACGGGAAAGGAUAUGGUGGUUACGGGAAAGGAUAUGGUGGUUGGGGGAAAGGAUAUGGAUAUGGAUAUGGGUAUGAAUGCAAAUUCGUUAUACUCCUAUCUAGCUGCUUAUAAAUCAGUCUGACCCGUCUUCGUUCUUCUACCUAAAAUACGAAAGCAUUUCUGAAUAGACCUUAUGCAUAAUGACAUCACAAGGCUUGAUGCCCGCUAGGGAUGCUGGUCUUAGUAGUCAUCGUCCGGGAAAAUUAAACAAUUCAAAAUGGCGACUAUCGAAAUUUUCCCGGGCGAUGACUACUAAGACCAGCAUUCCUCGCGGGCAGCAAGCCUUGUGACGUCAUUAUGCAUAAGGUCUAUUGGGUGUAUUUUAAAACAAUAUUGCGAUGUGUAUUUUUGUAGUGUUUGGGGUACAUAGAUUUGCAUAUUACCACAACUACAGCCUCGUACCCAGACGCAAAUAACGUACUAAAAAUAGCAACACUACAGUGUUUCUAUAUCGAUCAGUGGCUAAUAUGAGCGAGCGCACGGGGGUGCUUGGGAAGACGCGGGAAACGAAGCAGAACCCCUUCCUGUCCUCCCCAAGCACCCCCGCGUGCUCGCUCAUCUUAGCCACUGAUCUAUAUAAAAACACUGUAGUGUUGUUAUUUUUAAUACGUUAUUUGCGCCUGGGUACGAGGCUGCCACAACUACGGAUGCUUUCUGUCGCCAGAAAAAUCAUGCCGUGUUUUGCCUGUCAAAACAUUCAGGCAUUCGACUACAUUCCUACGACUUUUUUAGCUGAAAUGUCAAACCAUUAUUUAGGCAUGCAUGUCAGCAUAAUUUCUCGCGGACCAAUCAGAUACCGCCAUUUCCACGAAGUUCAUAGUUCACGACGUUAAAAAUGUAGUCCCAUUCCUAAUGACGUGAAAGUAUGACAAAAGCAAAAAGACAUCCGCAGUUUGGUAAUACUGGUUACAAAAUAUCUCGAAAAUAAACUAAACUUCCCAUUUCGUUGUUGUUUUGGAUAAUAGAGAUCUUAGGGUGUAGGACGGCAACGCGACGACGACGGUCAGGAUAAAGUCAUCCAGAUAAACGAUAUUGUAAAGAAAGUUUGAUGACAAUUAUUGAUCGUAUGAGUUUCAUAUAUUUUGAUGAGGUUGAAAUAGUUGUUGAUCGUUCUACUGUGGUACUGCGCUAUUAGACGUAAAGAUCUAUUAUUUCCGUGGAUCACGUUUCAAAGUCAAGUGGAAUGUUAAUUGGCCUUUCUCAUGAAAGCCAAAUUCGCCAUUUUGGGGGUAUAUUUUUGAAAACGACGUGAAAAUUCUAAGUGAUGUGAAAACAUUUUUUAAAAUAUUUAACUAUAAAUUAACUUAUAAUGAUUAUACUGACAAUUAUAGAAAUACAAAUUCCUUAUUCACUGCCUAGAAUCUCAGAUUUGGAAAAGGUAUGCAGUACCUCAAAAAUGGCGGCGUGAGAAAGCUAAUUAAAUUAUUCAUUUUUUUCUCAAAUAUCAUGAAUUUCAUUGUAUUAGCCGUCGUCGUUACAUUGACGUUGUAGAUCUAAGGACUCUAAUAUCGCUCGAAACAUAAAUUCUUCUGUCCAUCUUAGCUCUCCUCCCCAUUUCCCUUAACAUUGUUCUCGAGGAUGACUGUGCAUGAGAAUUGGUAGGCAUGCAGCCUUGGUUAGCUGUUCUUAAUGCUUUCCCAACACUAUCAUGUAUUCUGUUGAAGUUAAAAUAUAUAGUUGGAAAAUCAUCAAACCUUUGUUUUGUUCACGUGGUGCUUAAAAUGCAUGACUGCCAACUCUCAUCAACUUUCAUCCUCGGGGCUUUGGCCUUCCUCUGUUGCAUUUACGCAUGCCUGAAUAGGCAAUUCCAGCUUUUAGUUUAUGUGCGCAGAGGACGAUGGGAAGUAAGGUAUCAUAUUGCUGAUUGUGCUGAAAAAAUAAAAAUGACGGCCGUGUUAACACGGAGUGAUAGCUUAUGCUUGUAAAUAUUGAAAUAUUUCGGUUGUUUCGGCAGUUUUUAUUUAAAUGUUUCAGCAUAAUCAGCAACAUGUUCCUUACUUCCCAUCACCCCCUGCGUGCACGAUUAAAAGCUGGAAUUGGCAAUUAACGAGUUAAUAGUUCUUUUAAGCACAGGUAACUCAUUUUGUCGUUGCAGCGACGAAACCGAAGAAGAUCCUGGUCAUAGUUAUGGCGGGUAUGGCAAAGGCCGGUAUGGCAAAGGCGGGUAUGGCAAAGGCGGGUAUGGCAAAGGCUGGUGGAACAGACGCAGACAUGGUAAAAAGUACGGUUAUUGGGGUUAUUAGGCGGUUAUUAUGGUAAAACCUUCAUAACUCGAAAUUACAAUGGUAAGUUAUGCGUGCGUAACUACAUCUAAUGGGCGUUCAUAAUUAAUCCGUAAGCGCCUUAUGAGGAUUUGGCAUUUUCAAAGCAUACUUUUGAAUAGCUCUCCCCCCCUCCCAUAUAUACAUUUUUCAAUGGCCUCUCCCCCAUCAACAUACUGAGUCAAUUCUAACCCAUCCAAAAAGGUUCCCUUCUAAUUAUUUUCAUUUUGUACUUCUGACGAAAACCCUAAGAACUGCAUGCGUCUGAAAAUCUCAAAGUUUGUCUUAUAAACGGUUAAUAUCAGUUGCAGAUGUAGUAGUAUAAAAACCCAUUUACACUUUUCUUCUUCUGAUGCAUGUGAAAGAGUAGAAGAGCUAUGAAUGUCCUGACCUUUUAACCUCUGCAUUACUGGACCAGAUCUAGAUUCCGUACUAGUAAAUCGGCAUCAAACUGGUCACUACUUUACUAUAAGUGGUUAUUGAAAUCUUAGACCUCACCACCAAAGCUUCACCUAAUUUUUUGAGACAGACAGAUGGCAAUAUAGAAGGAAGUAUCUCACCUCUUCGAUUGAAUUGCCAAUGCCCAUUAAGGUGCACCUAACCUCAAUUUGUUUUGUCAUUUAAUUCUUAAGAACUUUUAAGAUUUUCGUUUGCACACUUUGUUUCAGAGAUAUUUCAGUUUGUUUGGUAUGCAAAAUAUCCGGAAUUUACGUCACAAAUGCAUAAUGACUCAAAGCUUGUAUAUCGUAUUCACUAUCGAGCUGAAUUCAUUAAAAUGAAGUUUGGAGUUGUGGGAGGAUUACAUAUACCUAUGUAAAACACCAUUUAGGCUUUUUAUUUCAUGAUGUUUAACAGUACCUUACAUUCUUUGAUCAGUCAUUAUUCGUAAAUUCGGGACAUUUGCAUAUCAAUAAAACUGAAAUAACUAACAGACAAAGUGUGCAAACGAAAAUCUUCAAAAUAAGUUACAAUAUCAUUUCAAAGGUGCUUAGGAAUGAGAUGUUAGAAGAAUUGAGGCUAGGUGCCCAUUAAUUAAUCUGCUGUGUGAAAAUCUGGACCAUACAUAUAUUUCGGACACCCUAUACAUACCUAGAUUUUGUCUUAAUGCUAUUUACAUGUUCACUUUGUUAACGUUUUUGCUUUCCAUUCUGUUUAGGUUGAAAACUGGAAAUAUAAUGGAAAAAGUGUGUCAUAGAGUUUUAAAUUAGUCAAUGUACACGUAUUGUCGCUAAUUGUGUAUGAUGUAGA